UAGGGAAGCUGUAUGAUGUGUGAUGAUACCGUAGGAUUUAAGAAUACACACUUGGAUGACAUGAGGAUAGAAGCAAGCAACAAAGGUGCUCUGAGUGAAAGUGAGAUGACGUUGUGGAUAGUAAUUGGUGUCAUUGCAGCGAUAACGAUUGCUGCCAUAGUUGUUAUUAGCGUUAUUUUGUGCAAGAAAAAAUCACACAGCAGUCCUGCAUUCAAAAGGAAGCACGGGGCCGAGUCUUAUAAAGCUGUUGCUAAUGGUAACAGCCAUAGUAAAAAAAGGAGCAAUAAGGAGGAUUAUUGGAUUAAACAGGAUCAGUUGGAGUUGGAGCCUUGUGUGAAAAGUGACGAAACUGUUUCGUCUACCAUACCUAGAAAUGCGGACGAAAUGAAACCUUUAGAUACUCCUUUACAAUCGAGAAAAGAUCAAAGCAUUCUUGAACAAGAAAACGAAAAAAACACAGAACUAAAAGAAAAAUCUCCCAAAUCUUUUCUCGAAAGUCCACCAUAUCGCCAUGGUGAAGAUUAUCAACCAUUGCCCGUCGUUGAUCCCCAGGACAACAUGACAGUCCGUAUGUCUCCAUUCACAACAGAGAAACGUUCAUCAUUUCCAUCUCCUCCUGAGAGUUUGAAUGGAAACGAGGGACCAUCUAGUGACUACGGCUCUGAAGAAAUAGUUUCACCAAAAUGCAAUGAACCAAGUGUCAGCUAUCUCCCAGAGGGUAAAGCGAAUGGUGAUCUGUCAUACUACAGUUACGGCGACAGUAAUUUAGAGAAUCUCGUAAGAGAUCUUAACACAAUUGUUGCAAAAGAGGAUGAAGUUUGAUGGAGGAUUGACAACGUGUCUCUUGUUGUGUUAAUAAGUUGUAUGUUCACAAAGUUUGCUGUUAAACGCUCUGCUUACACGCAGGGCUCUUUGUGUUCAUCGUUCAAGUAAAAUUUUAAAGUGUUAAAGAAUGGUAUAAUAUAUUCAGAUAUUAUAUACGCCUUGUAAAUACUUCGUUUUCCAAACUAAAAUAUCUUUAACUUAGGAAAGAUGCUAUCUGACAAACGAUUGUAUUCUAUAUUUUACCUAAAAACAUUCUACAAACAGAAUAUGCGAAUUCAAUCACAUGAUUUCAUUUCUUGUCUUUUAUGCAAUAAAAUGUAACUUAUAUAUAUGUAAUUACACUGCUAGAACAUAUUACGCUCAAAAAUAUGAAUAAUGAACAUA